AUGGAUUCGGUUGUCAAGCUUCGUCGUGAUUCUGGUACUUCACUUGAUGAUCCUAGCCCUUAUCGUAAACUCAUUGGUCGUCUACUUUAUCUUACGAUCACCCGUCCGGACAUUACCUAUGCGGUGCAUUGUCUGAGCCAAUUCAUGUCUGCACCAACGGAUAGACAUUUGCAAGCUGUUUAUCGAGUGUUGAAGUAUAUUAAGAACAAUCCAGACCAGGGAUUGUUCUACUCUGCAAAGUCUGAAGUGUGCCUCAAUGCGUUUGCUGACUCUGAUUGGGCUACUUGUUCAAACAGUCGACGCUCGAUUACGUGA